CCAUAAUUCAGAGUGGCCCAGACUCCCAGGCUCUUCACUUCCAAAAGUUCACACAGCUCCCUCGCGGUAAGAAGGCACUAUUAUUCACCAGACACCAGACAGACCUUCAGAAUACAAAAUACCCCUUCACCAUGGCCACUACCCUGUCCUGCCCCAAGAAAGCCAAGGCUGCAGCCAACAAGCAAAAGAAGAAGGAGUUCCGCUGCUACCUUUCUGACAACUACCAACCUCAUGAGCAAGAUGUCCUGAUUGGGCGCGGUCGCCUAGUCGAGAACCACAAGGGGAACCACCGUUUCAAGGCUCUCAUUCAAGCGCAUCUGGUUGCCUACUAUAAUGCCCAAACCAAAGCAACCAAGACAACCAUCAUUCUUCGAAUCUUUCAAGAUAUCAAGCGCACCGCUCAAGCCGAUGGAGGUGCUGGUUUCAUCAAGCGAGAAUCCAGCAGCAAGCGUUGGUUCGUCAUUGAAGACAGCGCGGCCAGAAUCUCGAUUGCUCAGGCGUUCCGUGAUGCCUUGGCUUCGGAAUACAAGUCCAGCAAGCAAUACAAGCAGCAGAAGCGGAAGGAACAAGGCCGUGUCUGCCUUCAAGCCCAAGCCAACAUGAUCAUGUGCAGCUUGGGUGGAAACGCGAACGCACCACAAGGACUCGAAGCAGGUACUCUGGCUGAGUUCUACUUGUCCAACCUGGACGGUAGUGCCCCCUUUGGCAAUGGAAUGACCCUUGGUAAUGCUGGCGGCAGCAUCCUGGAUUCCCUCAAGGCUCAAGAAGAAGAGCCCAAGUUCAACGCCAUGCUCCCACCACCACCACCUCCUUUGGUUCCCAUGGUCUCCUCUGAUGGCAGGGACCUCAGUCACCGUCUUCGCGGAAUCUUGAACACCGUCUCCAAUGUUGUCGCGGAUGAUGAAGGAGAACAUGAUCUUUUGUCCUCAACAGCGACUGCAGGUCCAAUGACCUUUCCUCAAGCCAAUGGUCCAAUGACCUUUCCUCAAGGCAAUGGUGACAGUGGUCUCUUGUCCUCCCUCUACUCCGCCAUUGGUGGUUCCAACAUGGACAUGACCAUUGAUCCCUUUGAGCCUACUCCUCUUGCUGUUGAACCCAAGAAGCUACAGCAAGGAGGAUCAUUUUCAAAGGACCUGGAUUGGGGUGGCACAAUGCUGACGGGAGGCAUGUCGGAGGCAUCAUUGGUUGUCAACAUGAUCAAGGUUCCCAGCUCUUCCCAUUCUCAUCAAGAAGAACAGCCAAAGAAGGAACAGCCACAGAGUCCACAACUUCCAUCAUCUUCUUCUUCGGAUGACUUUCAAAUCUUUGAUUCUACUCCACUUUCCGACAUUCGCGCGGCACUAAGUGCAUAGGGUGGCUGCUUCUUCCUUCCGGCGGUCUCGUACUGCAGUUCCAGCCCAGCUAGCUAGCUUGACAUGGCCAAAUGUCGCAGCAAGACGGGGCAAUCUCUUUUGGGCGUAGAGUUUGAAUGUGCAAAUAGUAAUAGAUGAAUACAUAAUGUUAGUCAAGAAAGUCUUCC